AUGGACGAAAUAAUAGUGCUACAAGCGCUGUACGCUCUGUUAUUGCAAAAUAAAUCAAGUAGGGUGUCGCUGGUGCGACUCCAGACGGAAAUUAAUGAAAACCAUCUAUUGAGCAGAUUGGUGCCAAGUACUGGAAAUCAAGUGCUUUCAGUACACGAUAUCUUAGAGACGAUCAAACGAUUGUUCCCGAAGCAAACCUCACUCACAGAGGGCCAAAUUACGUUCUACAAUUUACAACUCGCAGAACUGCGAGAGAUGUUGUUCGAGAUGUACCAUGCUAGCCGAAAACGCCUACAAAACGAGAUUCACGCGCUCGAGACUCGAAUAGACCCGUUGUUGGAACACAAAGCGACGUCACAACGUACCCGAUUGCUGGAGUUGUGUCGUGACACUUUGUUGAACAAAUUCCAGGACCAUGGGCACGCGGCCAUCUACGAGGAACUUGUCGAAAACAGCGCUAUUAAGCAACCGUUAAACCUUGAUGGAAUUCGGACGCAGACGCCAACAAGCAUUCUGGAAUUACAGGCAUGGCUUCAGUUAUGCGUCGCAAAUACGACUUUAUUACAUCGCACUGGGUCGCCGGGGUGGAAAGCGGCGCGUGCAAGCCAAAAGGAACUUGAAGAGACGAUUGCUUUUGUAAGGAGCGUGCUCGAGUGA